CCUGUCCCCGACGCUCAUGCCAUGGACCCGACGCCGCCGUCAUCGCUCUCGUCGUCGUUCCCCUCGCGUCGGACGCCGUCGUCCUCGACGCUAUGGGCCCACCUCAUCCGCAAUGACAGCCCGCUGCGACCGUCGCCCUCCGCGGUGUCCAGCGCGAUGCAGUCGACGCCUGGCGCACCGCUUGACAAGACGGGCACCUCCAUGCGCAUGCUGCUGCUUGACACGCAGACGAACUUUGAGAACUUCUCUGGCCGCGUCGGCAAGCUCAUCGACUGCGUGGAGAACGCGAAGAGCGAAAUCGAGUACAUGAAGGCAAUGAUGCAGGCGGAGCGCGAGAACGCGGCGAGUGAGAUGAUCGAUCUGGUCAAUCGCUGUCAGCGCGAAGUUCAAAAGUCUAUUAAGGAACCUGCGCAAGCGGCCCAAAUGCAAACACUUCGCAGCGACAUGCUCGCGAAGAUGGAGCUUGUCUGUAGCCGACUGGAGAGUAUCGAUGAGUCCCACAAAACGCACAACAAACUUCUCCACACUCAAGCGCAAUCCAUCUCCCAUCUCCAAGACCAAUAUAGCUCACUUGCUACUACCAUCUUACCCGUCUUCCCCACGCUGGAAGGGCUCAAGACUACCGUCGGCGGCAUCACGACCACUAUCGAGCGGCUCUCGGCUACCAUCGACGCCAGCGGCGCGAAAAUCACCGAAAGUCUCCGUCACACUAUACCCGACUCCAUCGCGCAAGGUGUCUCCUCUGCUGUCCUCACGUCGGUCUCGGAUACAGUGCGCUCGUCAGUCUUGAGCUCUGUGCAGUCAACUAUCCCGGAAGCUAUACGAUCAACGAUCCCGGAAGCCGUACGCUCGUCGAUUUCGGGCGCUGUCGCCUCGGUGUUGCCACAAGCGGCCUCCUCUGCUGUCUCUGGCGCGUCUGCGAAAUCGUCCAAGGACCUGAGCACGACUCUUCGCUCCUCCAUCGCCGACACACUCCGAACUGCUCUCGCCGCGAACUCGAAGGACGUCUCGAAGCUCAUUCGCAUCACUAUCCCCGAUGUCAUCCGCGCGACCGUACCCGACCUCGUGCGCACUAUCGUUACCGAUGUCGUUCGCGGAGUCACCGAGAAAGCUCGGGAGGGUACAAGCGCAGAGAGGGACACGAAUCAACAGAUACUGGACGAGGCUCUACGCCACUCGUUGUCCGCUACCCUGCAGUCGACCACUGCAAGCAUUUUUCGCUCGAUUGUAACCGACGUCCUUCGAGACAUACCCGAUACGAUCCGCAACGUGCUGAACGAGCAACUGCUCGCUGCGCUAACGAGCUCAAUCAACGCGUCGUCUCUAGCGACGUCUUCGAAUCCAUCGAAGCGAAAUCGCUACGCUACCGCGCUCAGUCCUCGGAAGCGACGAAUCGAUGCUGAGAACGACCCUCCGAGGAAGCGACCGAGGAUGACUUUGUCGGGACCAGCGCGCGGGAGGACCAGCUUUGGACUUGCGGGCGAGCGGACUGCUUUGACGCUACCCAGCGGACGGACAGAUUUUGCGGAACAGCCUCGCCCAACGACCUCGAGAGGACCUGCGCGGCUGCCUUCUGGAGGACUUCCGCGGCCCUCAUCCGGAGGGACCAGGCGACUAUCCUUCCGACGACCGUCCGCUACGGCGAGUGCGCGAGAGCGAUUUGCGACGACGAUACACGAACGAUCCCCGACGAUAGUACGCGAACGAUCCGAAGCAAGUGCUACCCGACUACGACUGUCAUCUGCAUCUCAACCGGAGCGGUCAGCUACAAGCACUUUUCGCGGGCAAACUUUCAAGAGGUUCUCUGAACGUCGCUCGUCUGGGCUACCCGAACGUCGCUCGUCCGCAUACAGCCAGUCCUCGGUCCCCCGCCGCCCGCUCGCGGAGAUUUUCCCGAACGAGCCGUCGAUUCUGAGGUCAAGUCCGCCUGACGUAUCGAGGUCGAGUCCACCGGAAAGCUCGAGCUCGUUUGCCGACAGGACGAUCACUCAGCGACGAACCAGGAGUCCGCCGCGUUCUCAGUCUCAGCACUCGCAACAUUCGCAGCAUUGCCAAUUGCAAAAUGUGCAAGCUAGAUCGUCACAAGGCUCGACGGCGCGGCCCUCGGAGGAUACCAAUGUCGGCACAGACGGUGCUUGCCAGAAAGACGGCAUGGACGUCGCUCGAGUGGAUGCUGCUCGCGGGGACGACAUGGGCGCGGAGGGUGACGUUGACGCGGAAGGCUCGGUCGAUGCAGAGGGUUCAGUGGUUUCGCCUGAGGAAUGGAACUUCUUCGCGUCGACGGAAGCAUAUCUGUCUACGCUCAUGGAGGACCCUGCGUCAGACGACCGUACCCUUCCCAUGAAGGAGGAUUGCGAUGCCCUUUCGUCGGACGACCGAGAGGUACCCACAUCAGACGAUCGCUUACUCUCGACCGAGGGCUACCAGCUUACACCCGGCGAAGACCUCCAGUUCCCAUCGUCUAGCCCACCCUCGUCGCCGUCGCGAGACUUCGCCUCGUCCUCUUCCCCGCAGGUCGGUGCUUCGUCGCCGUCCCCUAACUUUGCUUCGCCGCCGUCGCCGCUUUCGUCUGUGCCCUCCAUGCGCAGCCAUGCAGGGCGAAACCAGCCAGAUACGAGCCUUGCGACGCUAGUCGAGCGCGAUCGGGACACCCAUACUCUCGACAGCGACAGAAACACCCGCACGGUGGCGACGAUGAUCGAAGAUACGCUGAGCACGCCCGCAGGGACGAACACGCGCGAUGUUGAUGACAUCUACACGCAGGAUUCGUCGUCGGUGUUGGGUACCGGCUCCAGUGGUACCCGCGGCCGGGGGGCGACCGGACGAGGACGAGGGCGCACGCCGCUGCGCGCUCUGCCCCCGUCGACGCGCGUCUUGCGGAGCAUGUCGCCCGCGGUGGCGGUGACACCGACGCGCGGAACGGCAACAUCAACACGCGGAAUGGCGACGCCAACACCCAGGGGCAAGGGCAAGCUCGGGAUGCAUACGCCCUUCACCGCGACUCGACUCACGCGGGCUAGUGCCCGUGCGACGCCGGAGCAGAUGGUGUCGGGUUUGCCGGAGCGGUUGGUGGGGGACCUGCCCGUGGUGCAGAGGCGGUUCGUGACUCCCGCUGCAGCGACGUCGUAUGUGACGCCGGCUGUGGCGACAACAGUUGCGACGCCGGCGCAGAGGUCGACCAUGUCCCAGAGGUUCGUCAUGCCUUCGCGGGUCGCUGCUUCUGGACAGAGGCUUGCGAUGCCUGCGCCGCCGAUGGUGCCGCAGUUGGGGGAGGCGGGAGCAACGCCAGCGACAAGACCGUCCACGAAGACAGCUAUGCCGUCGUCGGCGAGCACUCUGGCUGCGACUUCGGCUUCAUUCUUCCCUGGCGCCGUCGGAGCUUCCGCCGCUCCUCAGGGAGGUACUCGCGCCCAGUCCGUGGUUCCCAAAGAUGAUCGUGCCCACUCCGUUGCACUCAGCAAUGCGAGGGCGCAGUCGGUCGCACCGGGCAACAACAUGUUCUAUAGGCAAGGAAGGAGGUUCAUACCGCUUGAUGAUUCGGACGAUGAGAUUGUAGAUUAG